AUGGAAAUUAUUUCCAUUCGUGAUUUACAAUAUGAAUUGGCUCGUGUUUGUAAAGCUCAUAAUGAUAUAUUACGAACAUAUGAAGCUAAAUUACGACAAUUUGGUAUUCCAAUUGAAGAAAUUGGUUUUAAACCUUUAGAAAGUACAGUUGCUGGUCAACAAUUAGGUCGAGGUGUAGCCGGUCUUGUUACAAGUCCACCAUAA